AUGCAACACGACGCGCAAGGCUACCGUCGAUUCUUUUCCGCUUCGUUAUCCCCCGCGACUAGUGAGGCCCCAGAUGGGCUGCCUCCAGCGCCUGGCCUCAGCAAGGUCCGGCCGCUGGACAUUCCCUCUUCUCGUAACGACGAGCCCAUUCUCGGCUACCCGUCGUCUCCAGAGCCACCUCUGGGCUCUUCCCCCGCCGCACUCUUCCUGUCCGCCUUCUCUCCCGCCGCCAAACCCGCUGUAGUAGAUGCAGAAGGCGCUGUCGUUGGUGGCUUUACCUUAGGCCCCAUCAUCGCUCAUGGCGCUUUCUCUACCAUUCGCCGAGCAACCGCAGUCACCACUGGCGCUGUUGUUGCCGUCAAGGUCGUACCUCGUUCUGCCACACAAGCCAUUCAAGCUCGCAAGCGUUUGGAGAACGAGGAGGCCGUCUGGAGCGGUCUCUCACACGAGCACAUCCUCCCUCUUUUCGCCACCGUGCACACUCCCCAAAACGACUUCUUCGUCACUCAGCUCUGUCCCGCUGGCUCUCUUUUUGACAUCAUGCGUGGUGGAGUCCCUGGCUCAGACGACGCGGGCAGAAUGUUUCGCCAGAUCGUCAGAGGACUGCGAUACCUCCAUUGCGAGCAGAGGCUGGUCCAUCGUGACAUAAAGCUUGAAAACGUCUUAGUUGACGAGGCGGGCGUGUGCAGGAUAGCCGACUUUGGGAUGGCAAGGUCUAUGGAUGGGAGCGAGUCUGACGAAGAAGACAUCGAUGCUACGACCGAUAUCGUUUCUAAGCCACACAAUGCGCCACCCGCUGGAGUUCAUCGAGCGGUAUCUUUGGCUGCGCCUCGUGGUAGUCUCCGUCGCGAUCGCACUGCCUCCGUCCCUGCCAUCUUGGCGCGCACCACAGAGACCGAAUUCCAGCCUGGGUCGUUGCCCUAUGCUGCCCCUGAGCUACUGGGGCCACCCAAGCCUAACCCUCCGACAUCGUUCUCUGCUUCGUCGUCGUCACGCGCGAGACAUACGGGAGGAAAAAGCAGCUCCGCUUUUCUGAGCAGAACAACGACGAUGGACUCCACUUCGACCACGUCUUCUCUAUCAUCAAGCUUCAUGACCAUCGAAAAACAUGUUUCAAUAACUUCGCCGUUGCGACCUCAUCCUGCACAGGACAUAUGGGCCCUGGGUGUGUUGUUAUAUGCACUGUUGACCGGGAGCCUCCCGUUUUCGGAUUCCUUCGAGCCGAGGCUGGUUCUCAAGAUUUUGGGAGGUAACUACCCCGCUCCACCAUCUGCUACUCCUCGAAGCACCCUUGCCGUUCUUCGAGGAUGCCUUGCUCCACUCAUUGCCGACCGGUGGACAGUCGAGAGAGUUGACGAGUGCGCCUGGGCAGUUGGCGGUGAAGAUGUCGCCAUCUCGCCUUCAAGUUCUCCGUCCUCAUCUAAAAUCAUUCACGAAGAAAGUGCGAUCCUGAUGGACGAACUCGAUUUCAAACCCCAUUCGCCGCUGGAGAUGGAGAUGGCGACCAACGAGCGAGUGUUGGAACGAGGACGGCCAAGUGCUGCUGCACGGAGGAUUAGCGAGCGGGUCGAGAGGAGUGAGAGCAGGGCACCUUACUCGACGGAGAGGCCGCCUCCACUGAAGAGGUCGCCUUCGCGGGUGACGGAUGGCGAGAGUCAGAGCAGACGGUCGUUGUCCAGAAACACGAGGUGGGAUGAAGAAAGAAGUGCUAGUUUGCGGCGGCGGAGCACUAGUCGGAGCGCGACGGCAAGCUUGACGAGGACCCAAAGCUCUGGGUCGGGCUCAAUUGAGCGAAGUACUAGCCGGAGCAGAAGUCCCAGUCUGGGAAGUCGAAGCCCCGGGCCACGCACGCCGGUGGAUGUCUUGUCGCCGUUGAUGGGGAUUGGGCUGGGAUUGUCGAUGGGGAGUGGCAAGGGGUCGCCAUCUGCCCUUUUGGGGGAGCAUGUGAGGGAGGGCAGGCGGCGCGCGAGAGACCCCCCACGCUCGUUGGCAUCCUCUGUUAUGGCGCUCAAUCUGGAGGAAGAGCAGGAAUGUAGCCCAGAGAGGAACAUUGGCCUGGGGCUUAGCAUGGGGUCCUGA